CUUCUAUGAAACUUCCAGCCACACUAGUGUCAUAACGAGAUAAGGCAGUAAUACCAUAAUAAGCAGUGUCCCCGCAAGAUCUCCUAGAUUCAUCUCACCGAUAUUCAGAACCAUCUCCACCGGGACAAUUUCCAUAUCUCGAUUAGGUCUUUAUAAGACUCCUGGAGGGAUGCGAUCUCGCACAGAAAUUCGUUUUCUGUCACGAUUUGCUGUUUUGCAGUUGAGAUGAGUUGACCGUGGUGCUCAUCAGCAGGCAAUGGUUCAUUCAAGGAGAUCCAGUGAAGCAGUCUCGCACGAUCCCGAGGAUGAUGCUCUUUCCGACACUGGUCCUCAGUCGACCGGACAUGAUCGAUUUCAAUUCGUAUUCAGCCCUGGCCAACCAGGGGCACGGAGUCAUGCUAUGCGUGCAUUCUGGAGGCGCAGACAUAGCGAACAGGAAAAUCAACUCCGGCGAAAUACGGCCAGUCAGUCUUCCCUGCGGAGGAUUCUCCCGGGCUCCCGACCAUCUUCCAGCCACGGUGAAGCAGACAGUGAAUCGGCCUCUCAACUCUCCCAAACGAUAUCUACGACACAGACAACAGAGCCUCAGGCUUCGGAGACCAUAACGCCUAUGGUCCUGGGAAUCCCAGCUCAGGUUCAUGCCGAUAUCGAUCAUGCGUUCUCAUUCGUCAGGCAAGAAUACUUCAGCCAGUUUCCAGUGCAACUGACGUCCCAGGACAAAAGACUGUUGUACCACUGGCUCUGCGUUUAUUCUGAAAUGUUGGCAGACGGGCAAGCAACGAGAAGAUUCACCCCUGUUAGAGAUAUUUGGCUUCCGCUUGACCUCUCAAAUCCAGCUUCGUUCUAUGGUUUGCUGGCCCAUUCAGCAGCACAUCUGGCCCACCUGUAUGGCGAACGAGACUCUGCAGAGCCAUUAAGGUACAAGGCUCAAGCUGUCAGCAUCCUUAACCUAUGGGUCAACGAUCCUGAUCGUGCGUUGAGCGAUGACACAUUCGCUGCAGUACUGCGACUCCUCAUUUUCGAGAAGCAUUGUGGGCAAGAGGACCAGUGGAUCGUCCAUAGAGAUGGGCUGCAGCGGAUGAUUCAAGCCAAUGGAGGACUCACACCCUUUCGGGAUAACUGGCGACUGGAGCUCGCAACUUGCGUACUCUCUCUGGUGUCAGGAUCAGUGUGGCUGAACCACGUACAUCCUGCCUCGGAGAUCUGCGAAAGCUUCGGCUAUACCCUCCUCUGCGCGACUCUCGAUCCGAUCACGGAUAUCAACCGCAUUCGACUAGAGUUUCAGAAAUAUCCGACAGUGCAAGAAGCCUUGCAUUUGCUCCAAAGCAUCUCAACCCUCGAUGUUCACGGACCCAACCUGGAAGGAACAUAUGCCGUUCAAGAAUUCAACCGACUAGUCUGCCUCUGCACGCUCCUAUUCAUGAUACUCGAGAUCAUUUCGCCAUCGACUAGUGCAUCGGUCAGUCAGGAGAGACAGAGUGCGCUUGUAACCAUCAAUACUACUCUUUGGGAGGCUAGAACGCAGUGGGCAAAUUCAGUAGACGUUCUGCUUCCGUUUCUAUAUCGUCAGUUGAUCGACGGACCAACGGGAGCAUUGCAUACAGAUUUUGUCGUACCAUUCGCGGAAUCCUUGAAUAACCUAACUUGGGAGGCACGGAACGGGGCAGAAAAAUGUUUAUUCUAUGUCCUCUUAUAGAGGUAGUUUCACGACAAGUGCUAGAUUAUCCCUCAUCAGCACAGCCAGGACGAUAAAGAAAAGCAAUAUAGACUGAUUAUCAGGUUCUCCUAUUCUCUAUCUAGAUUGCGAUGAUCUUCCCACGUCCCCUGGACCGAAAUAGGAGAAACA